GCGAAGCGAGAAGCCGGCUGCUGCGGAGAAACCCGGAGCGAGCUGGGUUGCCAGAUACUUAAAAGAGCAUUGUCUCCCAUUUUAUCUGGAAGAUGCUGACUGAAAUUGGUGGGUCAGUGGUUAAGUGCCACGGCAGCUAACCAGAAGGCUGGCAUUUCAAAUUCACCUGCCGCUGCUUGGAAACCCUAUGGGGCAGUUCUGCUUUGGCCUCUAGGGUUGCAAUGAGUCGGAAUCAGCCCGACGGCAACAGGUCCGUCAGUGCUGCAGGAAUGGCAGACUUUGGGAUCUCAGCUGGCCAGCGUGUGGUGGUGGUCUGGGACAGGUCGUCCCCAGUGGAAGCUCUGAAAGAACUGGUGGAUAAGCUUCAAGCGUUGACUGGCAGUGAGGGGCACGUGUCAGUGGAAAACAUCAGCCAGCUGUUGCAGUCUGCCCACAAAGAAUCCAGCUUUGACUUUAUUUUGUCGGGUGUCGUUCCGGGAAGCACCACCCUGCACAGUGCUGAGAUUUUGGCUGAGAUGGCCCGGAUUCUUCGGCCUGGUGGAUGUCUUUUUCUGAAAGAGCCAGUAGAGACGGCUAUAGUUAACAAUAGCAAAGUAAAGACAGCAUCUAAACUGUGUUCGGCCCUGACUCUUUCUGGUCUUGUGGAAGUAAAAGAGCUGCAGCGAGAAUCCUUAAGCCCCGAGGAAAUGCAGUCUGUCCAAGAACACCUGGGUUACCAGAGUGAUGGCCUGCUGUCUGUCCAGAUCACAGGCAAAAAACCAAACUUUGAAGUGGGUUCUUCUAGUCAGCUUAAGCUUUCCAUUGCUAAGAAGUCUCCUUCAGUGAAGCCUGCUGUGGACCCUGCUGCUGCCAAGCUGUGGACACUCUCCGCCAACGAUAUGGAGGAUGACAGCAUGGAUCUCAUUGACUCAGAUGAGCUGCUCGAUCCAGAAGAUUUGAAGAGGCCAGACCCAGCUUCCCUGCGGGCUGCAUCAUGUGGAGAAGGGAAAAAGAGGAAGGCUUGUAAGAACUGCACAUGUGGCCUUGCAGAGGAACUGGAAAAAGAGAAGUCAAAGGAACAGAAGAUCUCCCAACCCAAGUCGGCUUGUGGAAACUGCUACCUAGGCGAUGCGUUCCGCUGCGCCAGCUGCCCCUACCUCGGGAUGCCGGCCUUCAAACCCGGGGAGCAGGUGCUUCUCAGCAACAGCAGCCUUCACGACGCCUAGGAAGGACCCAGCAUGAACGUAUCUGUUCUUCUGGCCAAUUCUGUCCCUCAAAUCCCACCACUGUGGCUCCUCCCACCUUCUCUGGGUUUGUUCACUCUCUAUUUGAAGCCCAGUUG